GUCUGGUGAAAAACACGGCUUAUGACUUCACGAAUAUGCAUGGAUUUGCUGCGGUUCUAACGCCAAUCAAGCUCUUCUCCGUUCCGCUUCUUCUUUCUUCAAGAUCCAUAACUCACCGCUGCUUUCUAAAUACCCAAAACCAAUCACAAUCUUUAAUACCCAUCUGCAGAAUCGGCUAUGGAGCCAAUUCCAACCUUUUUUUGUGGGCUCCCAUGGCUUUUUCACCCAGUUACAGAAACCAGAAGAAGAAGAGAAGAUCCAAUUACAAUAACACCCUGGUGAGAGCGAGUAGGAGAGAGUCUCCUUAUGAAGUGUUAGGCGUAUCUCCCUCUGCAACUCCUAAUGAAAUCAAGAGGGCUUAUCGAAAACUUGCUUUGAAGUAUCAUCCUGAUGUCAAUAAAGAGGCCAACGCUGAAGAGAAAUUUAUGAGGAUAAAACAUGCUUAUAAUACAUUGUUGAAUGCUGAAUCUCAACGGAAAUAUGAUUCUGGAACUCGUUCAUCUGAUUAUUCCUAUUCGACUGCUGGCGGAAACAAAAGUAGCACUUCUGAAGACGAAGAAUUUUAUGGAUUUGAAGAUUUUUUUAGGGAUCUCCAAGAAGAAUUCCAGAACUGGGAGGCAAGUGCUACUUCGCAAGGAAAACCAAAGAGCCUGUGGGAAGAAGUGGCGGAGAUUGGAGAAGAAUUUGUUGAGUUUCUUGAGAAAGAGCUUAACAUAACUGAUGCAGGAGUCGAAGUAGAAAACAGUGAUGAAGGAACUGCAAAGGAAAGUGCAUCUUACGAAUCGAACAGAGCAGGAAGUGGUAGUCUAAAUGAAUCUAAAAAGGAAAGCAGCAUUGAAGACAAUUUUGAUGAGAUUGAAGCUGCCCUUGCUCAGUUGAAAAGGGAACUGGGUCUGUAAGGAUAAAUGUCACGUUGCAGAUUAUGCUGAAAGCAAGACUCUUUUAACAUCUUAAAUGAUUGGAAAUUGGAGUCUCAACUCACUCUAAGGUCUUCAAAGCAUCUUUCAUGCAUAGGCUAACAGGCGAAAUGGUGGACCUAAUUUGCCUAUGAGAUGAUAAUCUCAGUUGUCGAGGAGUACUCUGUUAAAGCUAUUUUCUUAGUUCAUUCAAGUUUGGAGCUGGAGGAUGAUUGAGCUUUUGUGGUUCGGUAACACUCUAGGUUUUUCAUAGUCUAGGAUUGGACAUGUUUAGAGGAGAUUUCCUUAUUCUGAGUACACCUUUCACUUCAGCCUGUUCUUGGAGAAGACUUAUCUGAGGACACAAGCGUCACACACACACACAGUAUUUUCCAACCCAACAGGUUUCUGAAGUUGGAAGCCAUUAAUGUAUUGCCUUGAAUUGAAAGUUUUAGCUUGUGAAUAUGUUGCCACCUUUAGCAUUGAUGUAUUUGUAACUUGGAAACAAUUUAUUCAAGCAGUAAAAUACUAUUACAUUUGCUCAAUGUGUUC